CCGUGCCUCUUCCUCCCCCUGGUGGCGCCCUCGCUCCCUCCCUCCCUCCUUCCCCAGCAGAGCUCGCCGCCUCGCAGAGACCGUCGUGACCCCCUCCGGUGCCACUUCCUCCUCCUCCUCCUCUGCCGCGGCGGCGAUGUGAUUACCCCACUCCCGGCUCGGCCCGCCCCAACUGCGCGGCGAAUAUGGCGGAGCCUUCUGUUGAAUCAGCAAGCCCAGGAGGGUCUGCGACAUCAGAUGACCAAGAAUUUGACCCAACAGCUGACAUGCUGAUUCAUGAUUUUGAUGAUGAACGAACAUUAGAAGAAGAAGAAAUGAUGGAAGGUGGAACAAACUUCAGUUCAGAAAUAGAAGAUCUUACAAGGGAAGGCGAUAUGCCAAUUCAUGAGCUUCUUAGCCUUUAUGGCUAUGAUGGUACUGUACCACUACCAGAAGAGGAAGAAGAGGAGGAUGAGGAGGAGGAGGGUGAGGGUGAAGAUAAUGAUAACAACAGUGGGUGCAGUGGAGAAAAUAAAGAGGAAGCCAUAAAAGAUUCAUCAGGUCAGGAAGAUGAGACACAAUCCUCCAAUGAUGAACCAGCACCAUCUGUAGUACAGGAGAUAAUUCGCCCACGGCGCUGUAAAUACUUUGAUGCAAAUAGCGAAAUAGAAGAGGAAUCUGAAGAAGACGAAGAUUAUAUUCCUUCAGAAGACUGGAAAAAGGAAAUUAUGGUGGGCUCCAUGUUUCAAGCUGAAAUUCCAGUUGGUAUAUCCAAAUACAAAGAGAACGAGAGAGUUUAUGAAAAUGACGACCAGUUGCUGUGGAAUCCAGAUUACCUGACUGAAGAAAUAGUGAUUGAGUUCCUUAAUGAAGCCUCUAGAAGAACAGGAGAGGAGAGAGGAAUAGAUGCAUUGCCUGAAGGAUCUCACAUUAAAGACAAUGAACAGGCUUUGUAUGAAUUGGUAAAAUGUAAUUUUGAGACAGAAGAAGCAUUAAGAAGAUUGAGAUUUAAUGUAAAAGCAGCCCGAGAAGAAUUAUCUGUCUGGACAGAAGAAGAAUGUAGAAAUUUUGAACAAGGGUUGAAGGCUUAUGGAAAGGAUUUUCAUUUGAUUCAGGCAAACAAGGUACGAACAAGAUCUGUUGGUGAAUGUGUGGCAUUUUAUUACAUGUGGAAGAAAUCAGAACGAUACGACUUUUUUGCUCAGCAGACACGAUUUGGUAAAAAGAAGUACAAUCUGCAUCCUGGUGUAACGGAUUACAUGGAUCGUCUGCUAGAUGAAAGUGAAAGUGCAACAUCCAGCCGAGCCCCAUCCCCUCCGCCUACUGCCUCAAACAGCAGCACCAGUCAUUCAGAGAGAGAGGACAGCACCACCAGCAAUAGUAAUCAUAAUGGUGUAUCCACGAAUGGUCCAGGAGAAUUGUCAAGUAAAGAAGAAGCCAAACUUGAAGGAUUGCACCUAAAUGGACCAGUUGGCAAAAAAACAUCACUUGUGGAUUUUGAUACAAAUGGCUAUGAAACUGAAAAUCUUCCCAAUCAUUCUAAACUUGUUCAUUCAAACACAAGGAAUGAAAAUGAGUUUGAAGACAAAAAUGAAAGGCCUUUGAAGAGAAGAAGAGUAAAUAGUAAUGAAAAGGAAUGUCCAGGUUCUUCAGAGACUUUCCCAGAAGCAAUGUCCCAUGGCAAGUUUGAAGAGCCAGAGACUGUGGAUGACUGAAUGUUCCCUUUUAUUUCUUAAAAGUCUUUUUUUUUUUGGUGUUGGCAAAUUUCAGGGCUGGUAGUUUACCUUUACAGAUUCAAAUCCUUUAAUUUAUUAAGAUGUUGAAAUACAUGUUGGUUGCUUCCUCAUCUUGAAUGAAGUUAUCCUCCCUCCCCCAGGCCUGUAAUGCAGAUGAAAUGGACAGGAGAACACUCUUGAACCAAGUCACUUUUUGUUUUAGCAUGUCAAGGAAAACUUGUUACAGAGACAGUUCUCUGCAAAUUAUUACCAGAGCGGUAAACUGUUGUAUAAAAUAUACUGUGGAAAGUAAUCAUUUUAAAAAAUCCAUAAGAUUAGAUAUCAAAUAUAAAACAUAACAAAAUGUGGGAAUCUCCUGUCCACAGAAAGAGAAGCAGUAUUGGAACAGUUAAAAGAAUGCCUGAAUUCCUGAGAGUUGUAUGUAAGAGAAUAUUUUUAUAUAUACAUACAUAUAUAUAGAAAUAUUUAAAAAUAAACCAAGUCAGGUUUGUAUUUGUAAAAUUGUUGACAUCAGUGAUGUCUUUGCAUAUUCUUAUCUGGAUAUAAGAUACUUUCUGUAUUUUUCCAGAUUCUUUGUAGCCUUUGAAAGAUUUUUACAAUAUCUAAGUCAUGAUUGAGUUUGUCAUUUCUAAAAAUAAGUAUGUAAUUUUCAUAAACUUGUACAGUAUGGUAAACUUUUAUGAGAGUUGAUCUUCUGAGGAGUUUGUCAGCUUCAUUUUAUUUUGCUAAAGUUUUUUUUAUUAUCCAAGUAAUCAUGUUUUAGAAAGCAGUACAAAUUUUAAAUAUAUAUAAUUCACACCCAGUUAUGAAUCUCAGAAUUUUGAAAUGCCUAUCUAUCUUGGGAUAAAUUGUGACUUAAAAUUUUAGAGAUUAGCAUGAUGCUUCAAUUGCACAUAUUUCUCGCAUCUGUAAUUGAUUUUUUCAAAUUUAUUUUUAUGAGACAAUAUUUAAAUAGUCAAAAUGCUUUAAUGUUGCUAACCUAGCCAGGGUCAGACAUGACAUUCACCCAUUGAUUUUUACAUUUCAGUGAGUACAGUAGGAUAAGGAAAUGAAUCAAAUAAUCCUUGGUAAGGAACAAGUGCAUAGCUUGUAUUGGGCCUGAUCUUACAUUCAAGGAAACCACUUUGUGAAUAGUUAUUAUUGCAUAUAUAUGUAUGUAUAUGCAUAUGUAUGAGGUACUGUAAGGGCUGGUAACCUUUUAAAAAAAUAAUUUGUCAGAAGGAAAUAAUUGACAGUGUGAUGGGAUUAUCCACAAAGAUUGGAUUAUGGCCAAAUGAUGGUACUUUGUAAUGUCAAUACCUUUCUGGCAUGUAAAAUUGUUCGUAUGAGAUUUUUUUUCUCUCAUCCCCUUUUUACACCAGGCUCUCUACCGUAAUUUUAGCACUUUUCCUGUAUUGGGGCUGGCUUGAAAAGUUAGCAUCACACUGUUUCAAGUUGAUCUGAUUACUGGCAUUAUUUGGCAAAAUGUUCAGUCUUUAAUUAUGAACCCCAAAAACCUUUCUAGGCCAUCCAAACAUAAUUUUUUUUUGUAAACAUCACUUAAUCAUUAAUGUAACACCCUGCAUUCUCUGGAAAUGUUCCAGGUGAAUUCUCUUUUGUUAAGAUUAUAGGGCUAAUAUUUAUUGUCUACAGCUCAAUGCAGUAUAUCUCAGUUGGCUUACUUAGCAGAUGCAUACUAUUGUAAACUUUACUGCUUUAGGGAAGAUGCUACGGCUGACAAAUCCCAGUUUUGUUUAUGUGGGAAUCCAAAGUUUUCAUAGCCUCGUAUCAAAGAUUGUCUUUUAGAAAGUGUUUCUGAGCAAAGCAGUGCAUUGCUUUUAGAAAUCUUGUUGCAACUUUGAACAUCUAUUUUUCUGUUCUCUAUUUCGCAAGUUGAAAAUGCUUGCAAUAUGGCUCAUAGGAGUUUAUAAGUAUAUUGUUCUCAGGCUUGUAAGUAAAAUAUAGCACUGUGUACAUUUUCAGAAUUUUUACUUUGGUCUUUAAUCUUACCUUUAAUGGUAUGCCUAAGAAAAGUCCUGACAUUCCGUAAUCAAUAUGUAAUGCUCAGCUGUUCUUAAGUAUUUAAUUGUAAUGUGCAUUUUGUUUAUGCAGGUGUUUAUACAAUAUUUUAUUCAUGUUCUUUAAAAUGCAGCCACUAUAACUUGAUAAGACAUUGCACUAGUAGUACUAUUUAAAAUUCUAGUAAUAUAGUAACCUAAUUCAAGAAACUUUUAAUGCAGUUCGGAAACGCUGAAACUUCGGUUUCCAGAUUGGAUUGAAAAAUCAGUGCAGCUUUGUGUAUAGUAAUUGUAAUGUAUAUUUUUACGCACUAUUGUGUCCUGAUCCAUGAAGUGCAUUGUGCGCAGCCUGAAUCAAACCUUCAAUUCAACAGAGCUGACUGUUGGCUUUAUAAAAGGGUUUAAAGUGAUAUUUUGAAAGAAAUUUAAAGAUUUGCAAAUUAGUUUUAUAAAUUUUUCACAUAGUACUUUUGCACUGUUGGUAAUCCCUGUGUCUCUUUCCCUAGCUCCCUGUCUGCAAUUCUGGAAAAGGUUAUUAAAAUAUUUUUUUAAACAUA